AUGCGGCAUCCAGUGCUUAUCGCGCAGUGGCACGAUGUACUCGUGCCCCAACUCGGGUCGUUCGCCAAGUCAGACGACGAUGACCCCAAACGGCCUUCCUCAUUUGUGGCCCUUGCUGCAGUCUUCUUACCCGCGUUUGCCUCAGCUCUGCUCUUUCUUGCCAUCUUCGCCAUCAUCCGGCCUUACUUUCGACGACUGUAUUCACCCAGAACAUACAUAGAUUCCAUCCCUGAAAAAGAUCGCACCCCAGCCUCAGCCACUGCACGCCUGGCAUGGAUCAAGACACUCUGGAACCUCGGCGACAAGUUCGUCUUGGAGCACUCGUCUCUUGACGCUUACCUAUAUCUACGUUUUCUGCGCACAAUCAUCACGAUCUGCAUCGUGGGGACUGUCAUCACAUGGCCCAUUCUCAUGCCUAUCAAUGCCGCUGGCGGGGGUGACGCCGCGGAGCUCGACAAGGUCGGCUUCGGCAAUGUCCAUGGCCGCAAGCGUUUGUACGCGCAUGCUGUGGUGGCAUGGGUGUUUUAUGGCUUCGUCAUGUUUCUCAUUGCGCGGGAGCGCAUCUGGCUGAUUGGCGUCCGGCAGGCUUGGCACUUGUCGAAAGCCAAUGCUAGUCGGCUGUCAUCGCGCACAGUCUUGUACCUGGAUCCUCCGACCGAGGCACCCCAGAACGAGGAUGUAAAGGCGACAUUCGGGGCGGACGCCGAGCAGCAAUGGGUCGUUGUGCCUACCUCCAAGCUUGACGCUACCGUAGGAAUACGCAACUCGACACUGCAGAAACUCGAAUCCGCCCAGACCGGCUGGAUCAGCAAGGCUGCCAAGGAGAACAGCAAGAGGACAAGAUCGAGAUCCCACGGUGGCCGUCAUCUCAAUCAUGACGAGGUCAACUCCCUCCGCCCUCGCCCUCGGACUCGUCACCUCCUUGGCGACCAGGUCGAUUCCAUCACCGCAUUCAGGUCCAGGGCAACAGAUCUGGUGCAAUCUGUCGACUCAUUGCGCGCAAACUACUCGAUAGAAGCCAAGAAGGGGCGCUCGGCCAUCUUUGUGGCCUUCAGAGACCAGACGGCUGCCCAGCACGCAUACAAGAAGAAGCCGAAAACUGUGCUCCCGGUGCCCAGAAACUUGACUGUUCAGUCGAAACUGAUUGGUGUGACGCCAAAGGAGAUCUUAUGGCACAAUCUCACCAUGACGCACCCGGAGCGUUUGUCAGCGAUGUCCUUUGCCAACUCUUUUGUCAUUGCCUUGAUUGUUGUUUGGUCAAUACCGUCUUCUAUCAUCGGGUCAAUCUCCAACAUCAGCUACCUCAAGGACAAUGUCGGAUGGUUACAUUGGCUAGACAGGUUGCCUCCAUCGGUGAUCGGAAUUUUGACUGGACUGGUUCCUCCACUAGUCACAAGCACCAUAUCCUCAUACGUGCCCAUAUUCAUGCGCUAUAUUGCAAAGAAAUCAGGCGAGCCCACUACGGUCUCUGCGGAGCUUCAAGUGCAGACCUGGUACUACCUAUUUCAGGUGACUCAGGUCUUCCUGGUGACCGCUCUAUCGUCUUCUGCGAUGACCUUUGUGCCCGAGCUGCUCCAGCAUCCUGCUGACGUCCCCAAGCUACUCGCGGACAAUCUGCCUAGCUCAUCAAACUUUUACGUCACGUAUUUCGUCCUCCAAGGCCUAGCUUUUGCGGCCAAGAACAUCCUGAACUACUCGGAUCUAUUUCAGUACCUUUUUUACGAGAGGUUUAUCAACAAGACUCCUCGCGCCAAGUAUGAUCAAUACACGAGCCUGAAGGGCAUCAGCUGGGGCAAGGUCUAUCCCAAGUUCACGAAUUUUGCCAUCAUCGCCCUGGCAUACUCGUGCAUCUCUCCUCUGGUCAUUGGCUUUGCCGCUCUCGGACUCAGUCUCUUUUACUUUAGCUAUCUUUACAACCUCACCUUCGUGAUUCAGGCAAAGCUAGAGACCAAAGGGAAGUGCUACACCCGAGCCCUCCAGCAGAUCUUGACGGGCAUCUAUGUAGGAGAGUUAUGCUUGAUCGGCCUGUUUGGUUUGCGGAAGGCCACAGGUCCGCUGGUCAUGCUCGUCAUUUUAUUCGUUGGCACCAUCAUAUACAAUAUCGUGCUGAAUCGAUAUCUGAACCCGCUCGAAGACCACCUCCCCGAGAAGCUCCUUCGCACUGACACCGAAGAAAACGAGUCCCUUUUAGCCGCAGCGGAGCAAGGUGAAGCCGUUUCGGACGAGCAAUCCCGCCUGCAAAGAAUUGGCAGAGACCUUCGUGUCCCUAGUCAGAUCCGGGAUCCGAUCGCGCAAUUCUUCGAGCCACAUAUCUAUGCUUCGCAUAAAGCCAUGGCUGUAUUUCUCGGCCUGGCAGACGAGUCUACGAAUGUGGUCGAGUACAAGCAGGAGACGCUGCGCAACGCCUACCUAAACCCGAGCCUGACGUCGGAGCCUCCAACUGUUUGGCUGCCAAAUGAUAGCCACGACAGUGGCGACACAGCUGGGCUGGGCUUGAGCAAGGAGGAAAUACGCGAGAAUGAAAGCGUGGGAAUCAAGACGGUCGAUGAUGGUGCUUGGAUCACAAAGAAUGGGCAGGUCAAGUUUGCUGAGGAUGAUUUGAGAAAUCUGCCUACUUGGAAAGAUCCUGUGGCAUUCUGA